AUGAAUCCCCCGGAGGACUAUGUCAACCGCCCGAAUGGAAACUUUUCCAUUAGGACGAACGAACAUAACUGUGGUAGUGACGAAUGGGCUGCCACGCAGAGUAGGGGGGAAGAGUACAGUUCAGGUCUACCCCCCACUAAUGGACGAAGGAUUGAUGAAGCGGCCAUCCCAUUUGAUGAGACCCAUACGGAGGGAAGGAGUGCCAACGCAAGUAACCACAUGAAGAACAGGAGAGGGAAUAAUUUCCCCUCGCAUGACUAUCGCGCUGACCGAUUUCGUCGCUCACGGUACCGACCAACCAGAGGUGGACGUGCAAAUGGAAAAUUUUUUUUUGCAAAUAAAACUCUCUAUGUGGGAGGGCCUCCAAGUAGGGAGACCCCCCACCAGGGAGAUGAAGCCACAAUGCAGCGUGAUGCCUCUUCUUUUGUUAACCAGUCCCAGCAGGGGAACCUCCGUAAGGGACAAAAGAGAAAGUGGAGUCAGGCACCUCCGGAGGGGGUCCCCACGGAAGAGGAGGCCUCCACCAGUGACAGUGACUGCGUCAAGGGGGAGAAGCAGGAGGAGGAGGAAGAAGAUGAAGACGAAAAUGAAGGCAACGAAGCAAACGCAGAGGACCCCCUGAGCCAAUUCACCCAAAGUAAAAAUCCAAGGAGCAAAUCGUACAACGAAAUAACCGCCAACAUAUUGAAAGACGCAGCAGAGUAUUUUAAAAAUUGCAGGGGGGCAAGGACGGAAACCAGCUCGGAAGAUGACGAUGAUGAUGCAAACGAAUUGGCGAAUGAUCGGCAGGUAACCCCUGGAGAAAGUCCCCAAAGCGUAAAUCUGUGCUGUGUCUGCCAGAUUAACCAGCACAAAUACAAGUGCCCCUUCUGUGAAGCGCUGACCUGCUCACUAACCUGUGCAAAGGAACACAAAAAAAUAAAAAAGUGCAAAAAUAAGUUAAAAAAAAACUUAAAGGUACAAAAAGUGGCCAAAAAAGACCUCGACGAGAACAUGCUACAUAGGGAUUACAUAUUUCUUCACGGGAUAGAAUCAAUCCUUCACGGAAACUAUCGAUACAUGAGGAUAAAGGAAAAUGAGACGACGAACAUAUGGCUCUACAGUUAUAGUAAACUAAUUAAUGUGUUGAAAAAAAAAAAAAUUUUUUUACUCAAGGCACCUUUGUAUACGAAGCUGCAUCAAGGAAAUAAAACGACCAUCCGACAUGACAGCAUUUUUUGGAUGGUAAAAGUUACCCUAGUGAAUGACUGCCUGUUUGUGACUCACCAGGACGUCAGCGAAGACACUUCCCUUUUGCAACUCCUCACCUUAUCCCUAGCAAAAGUGGAAAAGAGCAGAAAACCCCUCCAAGUUAACUACCUCGACAAUCUGAAUGCCAUACGUGUGUCUCUGGAUUGUGUUGAGGUAAACAAGGGAACCAAAAAGACGGACGCCUCUUUUUGCGUUCUCCACACGGUUAGUGAAGUCCUUCGGGGACAGACGUUUUAUGAGUACCCCCACCUCAGCUUUGAAAUAAUCUUCCAGGACGGGUUGCCCGUCGAGAAUCCCGCCUACGAGGAGGCCAAGCGCCGCCAACAGGGCAGUAACGACGUAGAUGAGGAGGGGCAUACCAACGAGCAGAGAAACGAUGCAGUUCAUGAGGACAACCCCAGCCAAGCGGAUGAUGCUCCCACCGCCCCCAUCUGCGAUGAACAGACGGAGGGGCAAACACACGUGGAAGAACAAACCAACCCCCCUCCGCAGGGGGAGCCAUCCUAA